AUGCAGUCAUGCAACUUUAGGUUUAUACAAAAAGCUUGUUCGUCGAGCGCCAAAAGCACUGCACAGAAUAUUGGUUGUUCUUGCAGCUGGGAGGAAUGUGCACAGCCAAAAGUUGUUGUGAAAAUCGAUGGCGAGGAUGAGAUGCUAGAACUGCAAUGGAUUGUUGUAAUUGAGAUUUGUUUUGGAUCCACAGCUCUAAUGCUGUUUGCCAAAUUCAAUCUUUUUCGGGCUUUGCCGGAGUUGCCAGAUGAAAGAGCUAAAUCCCUUAAACUACCUACCCAUAUCACCAUCGAUGCUGGAAGAACGCAGAUCGCUCCAAAUUCAAGGACAGUUAUGGCUAUUCUUGACUCUGAUGGACAAGAGAUGAGUUUGAGAGUUGCAGAUUGCUUUUGCCCUAGAGUGUGGACUAAAGCUUCUGUAGCAGCUUCGAAAUUCGAUGUGACAUCUCUCUUCAACCCGAUCUCUCAGAUGGACGAAGCAGAAAGGAGAGACAUGAACCCCACCUUCUUGCUUUGCCAGGAGAAUCUGUGA